AUGGCAAAGUUUUCCUCUGUUUCUCUCUCUCUGCUCACGGCGCUGUCUCUCGUUCGCGUGGGCCGCUCCACUUGUCCCGUGAUGCAGUGCUGGUACACGCUGGAGAAAGGUCGAGGCGGAGGUUUGGCUACAGCUGCAAACCAAGUGCAGUCUCUGCUUUUCAUCCAGACUGAAGAAGAGAAGCACGACCCAGAGAGCGUGAAACCUGCGCCCGACAUCGACCACGUCUUCUUCAUCACAGACCCCUCUGGCUCCCUCUGCCAUCGGGCCCUGGACCCUCCUAAAGGCUCUAUCCAGAAGCCGCACUGUGAGCUGAACCACCUCCAGCCGCAGCCCUCCUCCCUGGGGUGGGUGGCCCCCCUCACAGACACAGACCAGAGCCCCCUGUUCCUCCAGGCCCAGUGGUUCGCCGCUACCAUCCGCGGCGUGGACCAGGAGAUGUCUGUGACCAGUGUGAUUCGAGCUCCGGUGGAAAGCCAACAUAAUGUGAUCUUGAGCGUCACCACUCAGACCGUGUACGUGGCGGCGCGCCUGGGGGACCCCGCGCUGCUGGACUGUAGCUACUGGGUGGACCCCUCUUCUCCGCUGCACGGCUCUGGGUUCUCUGUGGAGUGGAGGUAUCAGUUCAGAGGCAGCGGGCACCUGGUGCUGGGCUACGACGGGAAGAACGACCGACUGUCAGACAUCCGGGAGCAGGGAGCCACGCUGGACUUCCAGAGUCUGCACCGGGACAGAAACGCCUCGCUGAUCCUGUCCCAGACCCGAGUCAAACAGUCCGGGACCUACAUCUGCUCUGUGCACGUGCCCCAUCUUGUGGCUCAAGUGGCGCUAGAGCUGGAGAUCAUUGAGCCUCCGGUCGUGUCCAUCCACCCCUCCCAGCUCCCCCUCAUAGUUCCAGGACAGACGCUGACGUUCAUCUGUGAUGCGUCCGGAUUCAUACCUCUGUCCCUGGUCUUCAGCUGGGAGCUCACAGACUCCCAGGGGAACGUCCGGCUUCUAGGACAGGGCAGUGUUUCAAGCCACAAAGAGGGUAACGACGCCACCUACAGUCAGACCAGCAGACUGCAACUGGACUCAUCCCAACUGGAGCAGGGCAGAGGAGGGAAGCUGAGCUGUGUGGCAGAGCACCCUGGGGGCACACGGAGAGCCAGCGUCAGCCUCAACGUCAUCGGUUUCAGUUCUCCGUCUAUCGAAGACUCGAUGGCGUUGGUGGGAGUGGCAUUGGUUCUGUACGGAUUCAUCAAGUUUGUCUCGUGGACUUUCACUGGUUCAGAUGACAAUGAAGCUGAUGAAAAGAAGAAGAAUUGA